AUGUUCAAACUUGCGAUGGGCGGAAAGGUAUUCCAUGCUCCACUGCGAGACCCAAAGAGGAUUCUUGAUAUUGGUACUGGCUCCGGGAUAUGGCCAAUGGAUAUGGCGGCCGUGUUUCCAAAUGCCGAAAUAAUAGGGACAGACUUAUCCCCAGUGCAGCCAACCGAAGUACCGCCCAACGUCCAUUUCCUGGUUGAUGAUGCCACUGAAGAAGAGUGGAUGUGGGACAGUGACCAUUUUGAUUUGAUUCAUACCGGCCACAUGACUGGAUCCCUGCCAUCAUUCAGACGGGUACUACGACAGGCAUUCAAACACCUCAAACCCGGGGCAUACAUGGAAUGUCACGAGCUUGACCCCAAACCAAAAUGUGACGAUGGCACAAUGCCCCCCGAAAACCUAGACGGAGGAUACAGUGCAUACGCCAUCCACGACUGGGUAGAUCUUAGUGUGCGUUCGGGCCGUCAGUCCGACCCACCCAGGCAAUUCCGAAUUGCCCACCGGAUUGCACAGUGGAUGAAAGAUAUAGGAUUCGUCGACGUUGAACAACGACUCUCCAAAAUCCCCAUAAACCCCUGGCCGGAAGACGAGAAGCUAAAAGCCAUCGGCGCCUGGAGUGAGAGCAAUUGGCUCGAUGCUUUGUCAGGGUGGUCAUAUAAACCUUUUCUUGAACUUGGGUGGUCGAAACCUGAGAUUGAAGUCUUCCUUGUUGAUGUGAGGAGAAGUAUACAGGACCGGAGUAUCCAUGCUUAUAUGGACUUUUAUGUGGUGACAGGACGGAAACCUCUUCCUAAUGAACUCAAAACCGCUUCCUGA